GAGAGAGAGAGAGAGAGAGAGAGAGAGAGAGAGAGAGAGAGAGAGAGAGAGAGAGAGAGAUCCAUAACGACUGAGUUGAAAUUUAGCUCUUUGCUUUGAAAAGUUUGCUGCCAUUCCUUGAAAGGUUUCCUAAGCUUAGACACCGAGUCAUAAUUCCCUUCAAGACAAUCUUCAUGUAUAGUCAUUAAUUGUUCCGCCAUCAAUAGCAAAAAAGAAAUGGAGAAGAGCAGAGUCCUGAUCGUGGGUGGCUCUGGGUACAUGGGGAGGAGGUUGGUGAAGGCAAGCUUGGCGCUCGGCCACCCCACCUACGUUCUCCAGAGGCGGGAGAUUGGCCUAGACAUCGAGAAGAUUGAAAUUCUGCUGGACUUCAAGCAGCAGGGAGCUCGUCUCGUCGAGGCCUCAUUUUCCGACCACCGGAGCCUCGUCGAUGCCGUGAAGCUCGUCGAUGUCGUCGUUUGUGCAGUGUCCGGUGUUCAUCACCGCGGCCACAGUACCUUGAUGCAACUAAAGCUUGUUGAUGCUAUCAAAGAAGCCGGGAACAUUAAGAGGUUUGUGCCUUCCGAGUAUGGAAUGGAUCUUGCUCGCAUGGCGCAUGCAGUACUUUCACCUUUCAGAAGAACACUUGAGGAGAAGAUGGUUGCGCGGAAGGCGAUUGAGGACGCCGGCAUCCCUCACACCUACAUCUCCGCCAACUGCUGUGCCGGAUACUUCGUCGGAGGCCUGUGCCAGCCCAGAACCUUGCUACCACCACGGGAUCGCAUCUAUUUGCAUGGGGAUGGCGGCAUCAAGGCUGUAUUUGUGGAUGAGGAUGACGUUGGCACAUAUACAAUCAAGGCCGCUGACGACCCCCGGACUCUCAACAAGACACUUUAUCUCCGUCAACCGGAAAAUAUCAUGUCACAAAUGGAGAUGGUGGAGAUAUGGGAGAAUCUCAUAGGAAAACGACUAGAGAAGACUUCCAUCUCCGAGGAGGAGUUCCUUGCUUCAAAGAAAACUGCAGACGAGAUAGUGCAGGGAACGAUAGAUCUUUACUACCACAUAUUCCAUGAGGGUUGCCUUACCAACUUUGAAAUUGGAGAGGAUGGAGAAGAGGCCUCCAAGUUGUACCCUGAAGUUGUAUAUACAAGGGUUGAAGAUUGUCUAAAACGCUAUCUAUGAUGCACCCGCAUGAGCGUGUGUAUUGUAUGGAAUGGAUGAAGAAAUUAGAAGGGCUGUUGAGAUUUUAGAAAUAAAAGCUACCUUAUCGUGAUGCUAAGGAAAGGAGUACUGUCCCUUUCCUACUAUGUGACUGUUGAUGAUAAUGCUAAAAGUAAAGCUGUAUGAUUGUCGCUUGCUUGAUCUGCAACUCGUUGUUAGCUUAAU